AUGCAAAAUCCCGUGAUUCUAAACGAGCCCAUCGCUGAGGACUCUUCCAAAUGUCCUAGGGAAAAUGGUUCCAGGCAGUUAGCUCACGAAUCUUUGAAAGUAUCUCUUCCCAUCAGUGGAGCAGUCUUAAACCAAGCCUCCACUACUGUUGAUAACUGCAGCAAUAGGAAAGAUGAUGCGGGCAGUAAUGUUCGCUCCGAUCCGUUGCGGUUUGUCGUUUUAGUGCUGUUUUCGCUUCUUUCGGUCAGCAACGCCAUGCAAUGGAUUGCCUUCUCAUCCAUUGUCGACGAGGUUCGAGCGUAUUUUCACAUGAGCGCCUCGGAAGUCAACAUGUUGCCAUCUGUCUACGUCAUCGCAUACAUCUCGAUUGUCUUCCUCAGUUGCAAGCUGUACGAGAUUGCCGGGAUUAAGAUCACCUUGGUGAUCGCCUCGUUGACCAACGCGGUGGGGGCCGGGAUCAAAAUUAUCGCGCUCUACGCCUGGCCACACCCCGCGUUGCUGUUUGCCUCACAGGCGGUGAACUCCAUCACGGAGGUGCUCGUCAUCGCAACGCCGCCGUUGAUUGCGAAUCGAUGGUUUCCACGGCGGGAACGCGGGGUUGCGAAUACGAUCAUGUCUUCCGCUAUGAACAUCGGCAGCGGUGUCGGGGUCCUCGUGCCGACCUUCUUUGUUGGGCCCCAACACAGCUCCAAGCGGGACUUUGCGAAUUUUUUCUGGUUUAACUUUGUGAUUUGCGGGGUGACGUUGGGGUUGGUGACCUUUCUGAUUCCCAAACGACCUCGCUACGCCGCCAGCUUCACCGCGCAGAUCCUCCAGGCGAAGGAGGAUGCCCGCCUCCGGUGGCGACGGGCUUCUCGGCCCGGGGAGGACGAGAAUACGGCCCCAGCCCCUGCUAGAGAAGGGGAAGCGGAAAGGGAAGGGCGGGAAGAACCAGGAAUCGAAAGGAAAGGAGGGCCUCACGCGAUGGAGGCUCUCGAGGCGGACUCCAACUCCUCCUUAGAUGAGAUGGAGACGGAUAAGGUGAACCCGGUGAACGUCUUUUCCGUUCUCGUCGACUGCUAUCGUGUCUGUCGGCGAAACACCUCUUUGGUGCUGCUCAUUGUGAUGUCGGCGGCGGAAUUGGGGCUCGUGUGGUCGAUGGCGACCGUCCUACCGCAGGUCUUCAAACCCUAUGGCAUCAGCGAGGCGAUGACGGGGUGGAUUAGCUUCCUGAACCUCGUCCUCGGCACCGCGGUGUGCCCGUUUUUGAUGCCCUUGGUGGAGCGCUUCAACUGUCGGUAUAAACUGAUCCUGUCGUCCACCGCCCUGGUGCUGACGGUGGAUUUAACCUUAAUGACGCUGCUCGUUCACUUCGGCAAGCAGUAUGGGGGCUCGUAUUACACGGCCGUCAUGUUCGCCUGCUGGAGCGUCAUCGCGGGGAUUUGCCAGAAUUUCACGAUGCCGUUGAUGUUCGAGUACGUGGUUGAGCUCACCUUUCCGAUGGCGGAAAGCACGUCGGCACCGAUGCUGAUGUGGUCCGCCUGUGCGAUGAACCUUAUCUUGACGUUGGUCUUCGGCGCCGUGCUGACGGAUGACCCGGACAAGGGGAAGUCGCUCAUCAUUUUUAUUAGCUCGAUCGUCAUCACUUUUAUUGGUGCUUUGUCGAUUCUGCUCACAAAGCCUCAACACAAGCGUCAGAACUAUGAAACACGUAAAUUCCUGGAACAAGAUAGGCUGCUGAAUCGCAACGAGAACGAGGGAAUCAGCGCAUAA